CUUCCGGUGUAUAAUUAAUCUCAAGUUCACAGACAGAAGCUUUUGUAAUUUUCUAGUUUGAGAGGAGAUCGUGCAUAUGUAUAAUGGCUGCAUUGUUUGCAUGUACUAAAUGUCAUAAAAGACACCCUUUUGAAGAGUUAUCAUCCAGCGAACAGCUUUGUAAAGACUGUAGGAACCAUUACCCUGUUGUGAAGUGUACCUACUGUCGAGGAGAGUUCCAACAGGAGGAGUAUGUCAGGAAAGGAAGCAUCAACUCAAUAUGCAAGAAGUGUACACAAAACGUCAAACUCUAUGGAAAGCCCACAGUCUGUGAAUACUGUAAUAUCCUGGCUGCUUUCAUUGGGUUCAAAUGUCAAAGGUGUACAAACGCUGAAAGGAAAUGGGGCCCGCCUUCCACUUGUGAACAGUGCAAACAAAAGUGCGCCUUCGAUAGGAAUGACGGCAGCAGGAAAAAAGUUGAUGGAAAGUUGUUGUGUUGGCUGUGUACAUUGGCAUAUAAACGGGUUCUGGCCAAAGCGAGGAUACGUGAGGAAGAAGCAAGAAAAAGUCUUCCCUCAACCCAGCAAAAGUUCCCGGAAGAAAAAGUGGACAAAAAUGAUAAGUUUGACAGCAUAAUGAAUAUCAAAUCUGAGGACUCCAAAUAUGACAAUAUAGGCAGUGUUAGCAGUCGUCAUAGUAACGGUAGUCAAGGAGACCAAGAGAAGUUGGAAUUUCCAGAGGAAGGUUCCGAUCUACCAAACAGCAGCAGUGCUGGCGGUCACAGUCACCGCCAUAAACACCACAAACACCACCGAGAUCACCACAGGCGCUCUCAUGGACGCCACAAGCAUCAUCAUAAACACAAGUCCAGUGAACCAAAUACUCCAUCAGAUACCCCACCCAACAAGGUGUCCAGAAUGGACUCCAAAAAUAACGCCAACGGUUUAACACCUACCAAGAGUUCUGGACUUGGUAGCAGUAUGUCGUUGUCACUGUUGAAUGCCAGUGCCCUGGACAAGCCUGUUGAGGAUCCCCACAGCUCGGAACAUCUGAUCGCGCUACAACAGCUACAGGAGCAGCUCGACUCCUCCAAAAAACAGCUCCAGCUCAAAGAUCAACAGCUGCUGGAGAGAGACAAAAAGAUCACCGAGUUGAAGGCUCAGCUCUACGAGAUGGAGAAGGAGUAUCGCAUAAAGCAGCAGACUCAGCUGAAACAGCACACCGAGUCCCUGGACGCUCUCCAGACAAAGAAUCGAGAUCUGAUGAAGCAGUUGGCCAGUGUCAAAACCAAAGGGAAAAGCAAAGGGUCCACAGCUAGCCCCAGCCUGGGAACUUAACACUAGGGAUGGUAUUAGGAGAGAGAGAGAGAGUCCUGGGCCAGGGAUGUAGAGCAAAACCUGGAGGCGGAGGAACAAUUGAGGAGCCUGAGGACACGAGCCUGAGGACACAAUCAGGAGGUAGGGGUACCAGACGACGCCAUUGUUGUUGGACGUUCCUACAGCGUACUGGUUUUGUUGUGAUUUCGGUUUUCUGACGCCAAUUCUAAGUUGGUUGUGACACAGAUUUUGUAACUCGAGCUUUUCGUAGAUAAGUGGUUUUAUUGCUCAGCUUAAGUAAACCCAAGUAUCAUAUACCGGCACGGAAGUACGGAUAAUAUGUGUGUUCUUUGUGUAUUUAUCUCUGUUAUGAAUUAUGUAUUUGUAUUAUACUCAAUUUUUUUUUUAACUUUUACCUUUUAAGAGGCAAUAUGUAAUUUUUAUCUCAAAACUACUGUAUGUUUUAAUUGAUAAUUUAAAAGCAUUAUUUGUUUUGCUGCAGAAAGUUUAUAUUUUAUGAAAAAAGAUAGGUGUCUUGGUUUGAAGGAUAGCUUUAAAAAAAUCAGUCAAAAACUUGGAAACAGAUGAUUUUUGUACUAACUUUAAGUGUUGUAUUAUUUUAUUAAUUGAAAAAUGCCAAAAGGGUGGGGGGCUGAGAAAAAGGUCACAAGUUAAAAAAAAAAAGGGGGGGGUUAAAAUGGUGUUUUGCCUAAUAGGAGCAAAUAGAAAACUUUCUUUUAACAACAGAAGUAAGAAGUGUACUUGCAAAUAUGACCAAGCAUGACCUUGAGUUUGGUAUCUGCGACCUUGACCUACCUCUCAUGACAUUGUCCACUAGAUUGAAUGGGUAGACAUGUUGUGACCAGUAUCUUGGUAUCUGUCAAAUCUCUGUGUAACUGUUCCAUGCAAAAAAUGCUUGGGACAUUGUUAUCUAAGGGUUAGACUUCAUAGAACUUUAAAUCUUUACAUAAUUCAUUUUUAACUGCUAAGCGAAUGUUUAAAAUCUUUAGUUAGAUUCAAAUAUUUUUUAAAAAUAUCAUACUGAUAUAAACUAAUCUUGCUUUAAUACUGAGAAGGUUUGCAAGUAGAAUAAAUUUCAAUUAGCAAAAUGAAUGUUUAAUUGAAUGUUAAUAUUUUACAAUAUAUGUUGAAUACCAAAUGCAUUAAGAAUUGAGCAGUUGUGGAACAUGUUCAGUUGUAUAUUAACAUGUAUAUUUAUUCCUUGUGUGAAAUAGUUUCAAGUGUAUGAAAGCAUGCAUGUUUUGUACCGUGGGUAGGGUGAGGAUGAAUGUGAGAGUCAUGACAGUCAUUUAAUUGUACCAGCUGGUAUUAGAUUGAACAAACAGUGCUAAAUUGUCUGGAGAAUUUACAUGUUUGGGUGAAGUCAGGGGUUGUACAUAUAGUUCAUUUUAGAUCACUGUGAGCAUUUAUAUUUUGGUGCAAUUGUUCAUGUACAUAUAAAUCAAAAUGUUUAAUAAAGUGCAUGGCUGAGAAUUUUUGUUCUUAAGAGUCAUCUGCGUUCAUUUUAUGUUCUUUUUAGCAAGUGUUUGCCAAUGCUUUUUAAAACUCUUUUAAUGUCUUGCAAGUUCAGCUUGACAAAUUUUUGUUGUUUAUCUCACAAGUCAAGAAACAAUACACAGGAGAGAGAGAGAGAGAGAGAGAGAGAGAGAGAGAGAGAGAAGGAUUGCUAUUGGAGUAUGAACUGGUGUAAGACUAAAAUAUUUUAUUAAACACACUGGUUUUAUUACAUGAACUACUGUCUCAAUCAAACUUUUUUUUUAUCAUUCUGCCAUCUACAGACUCUUCAGGAUCAAAACACAAGACAAUUGCUUCUGUUGAAAAAAAAUAAAAAUAUGAAAACUUGGAUACGUUUAUAGGUGCCUAUGUCUAUUAAUUUUAGACUUCCUAUGCCUUUUGAUCAAAAUUUGAAGAUUGUUUGCAGAUAUUCUUAUGUCUAUGUACAAUUUAAGUUUCUGUCUGGCAACCUUGUGGAUGCUUACAGUUUAGUUUAAAGAAGGCACUAAGAUUUAUCCCUUUUGUUGAAGAACUUAAUAAUGUUUAAUUGUACAAUUUGGGAAUUAAUGUAAAGAUCACAGAUUUUAAUGAUACCAGUAGAUGUCUCAAAAUCAUAUAUACUAAAGGUCAUUUGGUUGUCCAAAAAGCCAAGGACAGGGAUUUUCAUGUUUCUUUUUUAUUUAUUUUUUUGGGGGGUUGGGGAGGGGAGGGGGGGGGGGUCGUUCAUGGGUGAAAGAUUUGAAGGGAUAAAUUUAUUACUAACAGUGUAAUGCCAAGUUUUGAAAUGUUAUCACAUCAAUGAUGAUUGUCCUUUUAAUUAAUUGGCAGUCAAUAAACUGUGCAUUAAAUCAUAUUAAUAUAACAUGUCUCUGAUUUUUUUAAGUUUCAAUUUUACAUGUGAAACAAGACUUUACAACUUGCUUUUUAAAUUUGUACAGAAUUUUAAUAUUGAUUAUCUUGAUAAAUGUUUGUAUGAGUUAUACACUUUUUUCUUAGUUAUUGAAAUAAUCAUACAAAGGUUUUUUAUUUUUUAAUGAAAAUUAAAUGAUAAAAUUUCUUGCCUGUUAACUUAUUGUGAAAUUUAUAUCUUUGUGCAGUUAGUUGAUGCUGUUACAUCUUUUACUGAGAAGGAGAACACUAAAAUACCUUUUAUCAUACUGCAUUAUACAGCAAAUACUUAACAAUUUCAACAGUCAUAUAUAUAUAUAAACCCCAGUAACUGUUAUAUCAGCUGACAUAUCCUCUUUGUAUGAUCAAGGUAUUUCAUUUGUAUUUUAUUUCUUUGUAUAAUUUUGACUUUGGCGGUCCUUGUUUUAACAAUUUCCCGUGAUGUACCUAUCAGUGACAAAUAAAAAGUAGAAACCAAACUACU